AUGAGUCUUCUCGUAACUGUGUUGAAGCGCGCACCGUACCAAUCUUCUAUUCGAUCAAUUUCUAGACUGCCGGCUGCACGCACCAUGCAUAUCCAAUCGAUUCCGAUGUGGGAGGGGUCUGGCAACAACUAUGCCUACCUCGUUUCCGACGACAAGACCAAGGACGCCGUGAUCAUUGAUCCUGCACACCCUCCGGAGGUGCUUCCUGUGCUGCAACAACAAACCGAGAGCGGGGCGAUCAAGCUGUCGAAGAUCAUCAACACACACCACCACCACGACCAUGCUGGCGGCAACGGCGAGAUUCUGAAGCACUACAAGCUGCCCAUUAUCGGUGGCAAGGACUGCGCGCACAAGACGACGACGCCGGGCCACAAGGAGACCUUCACCGUCGGCGAUAGCAUAAAGGUGACGGCGUUGCACACUCCGUGCCAUACCCAGGACAGCAUUUGCUACUUCUUCGAGGAUGGUAGCGACAAGGCCGUUUUUACUGGUGACACUCUUUUCAUUGGCGGAUGCGGCCGCUUUUUCGAGGGCACUGCUGCGGAAAUGAACAAGGCUCUGAAUGAGACCCUCGCUGCAUUGCCCGAUGAUACGAAGGUGUUCCCCGGACACGAGUACACGAAGGGCAAUGUUGCUUUCGCAAAGAAGGUCCUUCAGAAUGCCGCCAUUCAGAAGUUGGAUACCUUCUCGCAGGAGAACAAGCAGACCCAGGGCAAAUUCACGAUUGGAGAUGAGAAGGAGCAUAACGUCUUCAUGAGGCUCACGGACCCCGAAAUUCAGAAGGCUGUGGGCAAGACCGAUCCUAUUGAGGUCAUGGCAGUCCUCCGUGAGAUGAAGAACAAGUCGUAG